GGGGGAGUGGGAGAAGGGUGUAGCCAGAUCCGAAACGAGAUAGGACGGGAAGACAGCAGAGCUCUUCCCUUCCAUAUUUUCUCGGCUUGACAAGCUCCCCGCGUGCGUCAGCCCGCAGGAUAAGGAAAGGAAGCGUGGCCCGGUCGAGGCUCCCCCGGCGCGCUCCAGCUGGGAACGCCGCAGGGCUGCGCGCCGCCGGCACGCCGCGGGGCCGUGCAGUGCGUGACGGCAGCCACGAAGGGGAGCUUCCUCCCCGUGGGACGGGCAGCUGGGGCAGGGCAGAUAUUUCUGGCCCCCUGGGACCAGGGGCUGGCAGGAGCUGGGGGCUAUUUCUGGCUCCGGGAGCUAUUUCUGGCUCUGGUUGCUGACCCACGGGUGGCUUUUCCCCCGUGCCGUGCUCGCCCCCAGGAUCCCACCGAGGCUCCCGUGCCCCUGCUGGGAUGCCCAGCCCACGGAGCACCCCCAGGAAGAUGUGGUGCGGGUAUCAGGAGUGGUCCUGGGGACCUCAGGGGGUGCAGGGUGGAAAUGAGCCGGCUGCCACCCUCGCCUCUGCCCCAUCAGCUUCUAAAUAUGGGUCUGCCCUCCCCAAACCCAUCACACUCGGGGCUCAGGUGACACUCGGGGCUAUUUUUAGCGGGUGAAUGGAGCUGUGCUGAAGCCCAGCUCUCUGCCCCCGUCAAGGGUACAGCAUCAUGUUGUGCCGGGAGGAGGUUCCAGCGUGGCUCUUUGAAUGGCUCCGCCACCGGCUGAGGUUGUGGCACAGGUAGGAUGAGGCUUUGGGGGCUUUCUGCUUCUCCUCCUGCUGCCGGGUCCCCCCCUGCUGGCUUUGGGCUCUGCUGCAGCUCCCUCCCCAAAACCCAGGGGUAAGGAAGGGCUUGCUGAAAUCUUGCGUGGGCUUCGCUGCCUGCCACCUUCGUGCAUGACACCGGGUCAGCAGGAAGGAGAAUAAAUCCUCCACUUUUCACCUGGGUUACAGGAAAAGGGUGUGCGAGACGCAACGCUGCUGUGGUGCUGAGCAGAGGCAACCCCCAAAACAGCUCUGAGUGGGGUGGUCAUGGCAAUACCCAGCCCAGCAAUACCUGUCCCACUGGGUCUGCCAUGAGCCACCCUCAUCUUCUACUGAUUUCACCCAAAAAAACAUGGAUGGCAGGGGCAAGGGGCAGGGGGCAUGCACCACCACGGAUGCUGGUGCCCCCUCCUCACGCCCCGCUCUCUCCGGCCCCCUCCCCUUGCUUUGCCGCUGCAGGCAUGGAUAACUUCGAGUACAGCAUCCAGCUGAACGACAGGGACUGGGCUGAAUUCUUGCAGGCGGCCGAGGAAUGCGACCUAGCGCCGGCCUCCCUGGCCACGGCGGAGGAGCAGUGUCUCAGUGACAUUGAGCAAGGGGACGGCGUGCCCGCUCCGCGCAGCGCCAGCGUGGACGGGGAGCUGGCAGCGAGGCCGGGCAGCGGGCCAGGGGCUGGCAGGGCGAGCUGCUCCCCACGUGGGGUGCCCGGGGCGGACGAGGACGAAGCGGACCCGUGCUCGGCCAGCAGCUUUCUGCGUGGGAGCGACCAGCCCGGCUGUCUGCUGCCCGCUCCCAUGCCCAGCGCGCAGGGGACGCAGCCGCCCCGUCCCCCCGCAGCCGAGAGCAUCCCAGGGCAGGACGCGGCAUGCGAGGUGGCAGCGCCACAGAUGGCAUCGGGGGAAGGAGCGACGACCACCAGCAGCAGCAGCAGUGGGGCCAUGGAGCCUGCUGGCCACCCCGCUGCACCCCGUGCCCCUGUGCACGGAGGGGAUGCUGGGGGGGAGCAGCCCCGUGCAAGCCCGGUGGCGGCACAAGCGGGUGCCCCAGAUGUUUCGGCGAGAAAAAGUCUUAGCGCAGCUGCCUGCAUGGAGCCUGGGGUGCAGGGACCCCCUCCCAACCUCCCCCCCAGCCCUGCCCCGGAGGCUGCUCCCAGCUGCCCGGCACGGCCCCCAGACCCUGGGCAGAAAGCGGGGCCGGAGCCCAGCUCCCCGGAGGUGGUGAGACCCAAGGUGCCAGCGCAGACGAGGAAGAGCCGUAAGCAGCGCGGAGCCGGUGCAGCCGAGGUGACCCCGGUGGACAGGGAGCCAGCGGGGACCCCGGCACAGGGCAGUGGGGCACCCACCAGGGCACCAUCGUCCUCCCCGCUGGCCUCGAGGAAGAGCAAAGGGAAGGAGAAGGCGGCCAAGCCGGCACCCAUGCGGCUGGGGAGCGAGGAGGCAGCAGAGAGCAAACGGUCGGCAGCCAGCCCUGGAACAGAUGAGGGAGAUGUGCCCACGAGCAUCCCCCCAAAGCAGAAGGCGAAGGAGCCGGGGGCACAGUCCCCGGGGAAGACGAGGGCCCCCAAGCUCCCCAAAGCAGGACAGGCAGGGGGAUCGGGCGUGCGCGACAAUGUGCCGGUGAUUCUUACCACCGCAGCCCCAGACCCUCCGGGAGAGGCGUGCCGGGAGGGGAAGGCUCUCCGUCCCCAAAGCGUGGCUGUCCCUGCAGGGGAUGCUGCCAGGGGGGGCCCUGGGGAGGAGCCUGCAGCUGAGCCCCCCGUGGAGGUGAGCCCCCCAGGCUCUGCAGCCGGGGGCUGCGCAAGGGCAAACUCGCUGGAUGUGACUUGGCCCGAGAUGUACGACUAUUUGUUCUGUGACUCCCAAGGGGAAGAAGAAGCAAUGGGGAACUCGGUGGAGGGCGAGAAAACACCCUUGGAAAGGGAAAUAUCCUUGCCUGAACUGUAUGAAUAUUUUUUCAAUGAACCUGAAGGAAACAGGAAAAAAGUCAAGGGUAAAGAGAGGAAGCGAAAGAAGUUGAGCAGCUUGGACCGCGAUCAGCAGAAAGAGGAACCCGACCUGGCGCUGGUCAAAGAGCCCCAGGCUGCCACGGUCCCGGAGCUGUACGAACACUUCUUUCCUGACAGGCCUUGGAACAGGGGGGGCUGGCGGGGGCUUUUCUUCACCACGCCAGCCUCCGAGGUGAAGAAAGCCGUGGGGGCUUUGAGGUCCUUCCUGCAGAGGCCGAUGCACCUUGGCAGAGGCCAAGUGCCGGUGCCGCCGGCUCUGGCGCGGAGAGGAUCCGGAGAGCCGCUCGCCCUCGUGCCGCUGGGAAGAGGCAGAGGCCAGGCACAGCCCCAAGCUUUGGACAUGGCCCUUGCCCUGAGAGGGAUACCCGAGGCCCCGUUGCCGCUGACCCACAAGGACAUGUGUCUCGUCUUCUGCGCCUUCGCCUCCUGGGCAGUGAAAACCUCCGACCUGCAGGCUCCGGAUGCCUGGAAAACCAUGUUCCUGGCGAGCUUUGGCACGCUGUCCGCCAUCCGCUACUUCCGACGGCAGGCCAGAGAAGGACGCCCGCGGACCUAGCCCCGGCGCACGCAGGAGGUGCUCCCCCGGGACGGGCGAGGACGGAGGAGGCAGGGGCCAGGCACCUCGUCCUUGGGCAGCGUGGGAAGCCUGGAUCCCAGCACCGAGACUUCUCUGGACCCAUCCCCAAAAGGGACAGGGUGUCACAGGAAGCAGGAUCCUUCCCGUGGCGGUCGUUGGCAAUACGGUAGGCGGUUUGUACCUGUACUGGACACAAGAGGAGCCCGGCGUGGGCUGGCUCGGUUCUUUCUUUGCACACUUCUUGCAUCCUCGUGCCAUCUGCUAGGAGUAGUCACGGUGUCUGACCCAGGGCGCUGCUCGCCCGUCCUCCCUGCUGAGCUCAGCUGGGGGCAAAGGAAGGCGCUGGAGGGAGCAGCAGAGGGAGGAGGGAGCCAAAGAAGCCAGGAAAAGGGCUUCGUGUCCUACUAAAGUGUUGGGGGGAAGAGAGGAGAGAGCUGGGGAAGGGCUGUCUCUGCCCCAGCACGGCGCUUUGCUAAGAAGAUGCCACAGCAAGGAGACGGAGGAGAGCAGGGAGAGGGGCUGAGUGCAGGGAAGAUCCCUGGCAAGGACAGGAGCUUGUUGGAGAGGACACGGGAUGCAGGCAUUUGGCCAGCCAAGGGUCUAGGUGUUCCACUUGGGGCCUCUGCUGCCUCCCGUCCUAGGAACAUGAAAUGGGAGGGGAUGGAGGGUGAGUGUGGGGCUUUGUGGUGCAGGGGGUGAGACCCGGCACGGAAGGGGGUGGAAAACACCAAGGAGGUGGUUCGGUUUCUUCCCUGUCUCGAGUGCCGUCCUGGGACCCAAGGGCAUUAUUCAUGAGGGUUUUCUGCACUCCCAAGUCUGGCGACAGCACAAACGUGAGAUUUGUUAAGCACUUAGGGACCAGAUUCACAAAGGUACCGGGGGGAAAUGUGCCCCAAAUGCCUGUGUGGGUCUGCCUAUGAGCUUUGUAGGAGCAGUAAGGGUUUGUCUUCUGGAACAGAAGGAGAGGUUCGGCUCUUUCCUUGAAACGCAGAGUGCCAUGUAAUUUUAAUGUGUGUGGGGUUGCACUUAAGACCGUGUAUUAUUGCAGAUAAGAGAGCACACUGGUUGCACAGUGAGACACGUAGCAGUAGGUGGUAAGAGGGAUGUGCAGGCUCUAUAUGGACUAUAGUAGCUGUAUGUUCAGUAGGAAGAGUUUUUGUGGAGGAAGAGAACAUAUUUAAUAUGCUGAAAGCUUCUAAUAAAGAUCUAUCCC